GUUUACCACGUCGAUUGUCUGUCUGUCUGUUUGUCUGUCUGUCUGGUUGUCGACAUCCACGGCAUCCAUCCACCCACACUCACCUACACUAUAGUACUUCCUCGGUGAUUUUUGUUUUUUGUUUUUUUCUCUCUCUUCUUCAAGUCACUGCACACACACUUCCUUGACGUUGUGCAACCAACCCACCGACACCGGGAAAUCCAGUCAGUUAUCGAAUUGGUCACACAACACACUGCAAGCUGUCAACCUAUGUACCUACACUAGCUGGCUAGGAGGAACGGAGGUUUUCACAGCUUGAUCCAUUCAUAGCUUGCAUCCCAGUCACACAUACACACAUACACAUUCUCUUCUAGUCCAUCUAUUAUACCUACCCCGGAUUCCUGCAGUCACUCCUCCUAACGAGCCGUUUCUUCUUCUUCUUCCUCUUCUUCUUCUUUUGCUCGUUUCAUCUUCUCUCUUCUCUCCCUCCUUCCCUUCUCUAUUCUCUUCUUCCUCUUCACGUCGCACACUCUGCACCUCUGCGGACGCAGUUGUUCUGUUCACAUCCACAUUUACAUUCAACACAUUCCCUUGUUCUUCGUGGCCAGACACCGAACAUCGAAUUUUUCUUCGAGAAGAGUUCGCUUUACCCAAUUUGCUCUUAUCUUCCUCCAUUCCUUCCCUUCAACUUUAUCGGAUCUGGACUUCGGAAAAGAAACACGGAACGACGACGAAGACUACGAUUACAACAACGAAUAGCGAUACAAAAAGUUCAAGCCUGGAGCCGGACAUUUGGUUACCUCAGUGAUACCCCAGAGAGAGAGAGAGGAGAGAAAAAGAGACAGAGACAGAGACAGAGACAAGUGCGGGAAAAGGCUUGUCAAAGACAAAACCGAGGAAGUAGGACAUACUUACAACAACAACGAUAACGAACCGAUCACAUCAUGAACAACUGAAGCAAGAUUAAACGGCGCGACGAUCCUUACCUUCACCAACACCACCACCAUUACCACCACUUAUGCGUACAACUUUUCCCAAAGCCAAUCGAUAGAUCAACUCAUUCGGUUCAGUUCAAUUCAUUCUUCACUAUCAUAACAACUUUUACAAUCACACAACUCACCCAAUCUACGGAAUCCAAAAAAUGGACCGCUUCAACUUCCUCCCUCAAGGUCUUCGGCGGAACAGCCCUGCUCCUCCCCCUGCUGCUGCCGCCGCAACCACAACCACAGCCCCAACCGGCACAGCCGCCGACCACCCUCACAACACCGGACAACCCGCUCCCCUCCCAGCAGUCUACCGCCAAAACCAAAACCAGAACCACAACCGCACUCAAAGACCCUACAACUACCCCGAAUCCGCCUCAUCUUUAUCUUCUGACGACGAAUAUGAGACCGAUGACGACGACCUCUACGAAGACGAAGAAGUCCGCUCCGUUUCUUCCCAAUCCUCUCGUGACUCCGACACUGCUCCCCUUUCGCCCAGGAAUCGUCAUCAGCAACGAGCUCAAUACCCAUCUAGCAGCAGCACUCUGAACCGACGCUCCCACCACAAUAACAACAACAACAACAACAUGACCACAAACAUUCAGGAUGAUCUCUACUGCAACCUCGAAGCCCAACUAGGCAUCCACCCUGCCCUGCGCGUCCCGCCGCCUGGGCCCGGGAACGUCCCAGCUAAUUUUCCGGCACCACCACCCAUCCCCCAGCAACAACAACAACAACAACAACAACAAGAAGAAAUGGCAGAAGUCGAACGCCGGUCUUCCUCGCGCUUCUUUCUUCCUAGAAUGUCUUUCCGCUUCUUGGGCGGAGGCGGCGGUAGACCGCGCCCGGCAUCAAGCCAUUAUUCAGGUGAUGGGCUACCACCCGCUACCGAGGUGAAUUUCCCAGUGUCGCCCAAGUCACCGGCUUUUCGAAUUGGGGAACAAGAGUUGCCGAGUACGAGGCUGCAUGUCCCUGGGGUGGAGAGGACCUGGAGUAGGGGGAGUAAUGGGCCGCCUACGAGGGAUGGGACUGGUACUAGGGAUGGGUCUUCUUCUCAUGGGGGAAGAGGGGGAGAGGCGGCGGCGAGGGGAGCUUCGAGGUAUGGGUUUGGAUUACUGGGCGGGAACCGGGGCGCGAGUCGAGAUGGGAGGACGGUGCGAGUGACGGAACCCAGGAGGACAGCUACGAGACGGCAUCGGGGUGAGAGGGAUGGAGAGCGUAGUGAGCGCCGUAGAGAGGGAAGUGGUGGCAGGUCGAGAUCCGGCCGGUCUGGAACGGGAGCUGGAGCUGGCUCUGGUCAUGGGAGUCGGGGUCAUCGCUCGAGAAGAGAUCAUGGCAGGUCAACAACGUCAGGGAGACAUAGACAUGCGCGUGAUGAAGAGAGGAGAAGGAGAAGGAGGAAAAAGAAGAGUAGCAGCUCGAGAAGGCAUGAAGGUUCCGGGUCGGGAUCUCACUCGAGAUCGGCGAGGACGACUGCUGCUGGAGGAGGACACUCGGGGCGGAGGAAAAGAAGAGCACCACCGCCGAAACACUUCCUCUUUUGUUUCCCGUGGGUGAGGUCGCGGACAAAACGGAGGCUGAUUUUGCGAUCUGUUGUUUCGGGGAUGAUUCUGGCUUGUUUGCUCAUCGUCUAUCUCGCCCUUUCCGUCACCCAUAAGGUCCAGGGCAGCGGAUUCACCAUCGCCAUGAUCCUGGUCGUCGUCUUGGGAGCCAUUGUUUUCUUGCACAGUGUCGUCCGCCUUGUGAUGCUGGCAUUCAAAGGCGGACGCAGCAAGCGCAGAGACUUGGAAAGCGGACUGGCCCAUCAUGAACGAGAUAUCCAUGCCCCCCAAGGGCCAUACGCCAUUCCGCCUACGCCGAUCCGUGUUGUUCUGGCGCGUGAUGAGGAGGCUGCUGGCCUUCCUAGUGCUACGGCCGUAGCGAAACCGCCCGAGUAUGGAGAGUGGCGGGAGUCUGUGCGAGUCGAUCCCAACCGCAUCUACUGGAUGCGCAACGAAGGGGCUGUUACUCCCGCUCUUCCGGACGAGGAGGCCACUUCCGAGGGUGCUCGGUCCAGGGCUGGCAGCAGAGACGGUCCUAAUCCGGGAACUCUCCGCCGGCCUCCGUCGUACAGCUCGGAUGACGGUGUCAGCUAUGUGGUUGAGGCGCAACCGCGGUCCAUCGCGCCGGCCACUGACGUACCAACCGGCGGCAGGGCUGGUAGGCGGUUGGCAUGAGAAAGGUGUAAAACAACAGAUUCAGCUUAGAGUUGGAUGUAUGGUGGUGCUGGAAUCGAGUAUGAGAAACGAUUACUUCGCUUCAAAAUGUACAUAAGCUUUCAUGUCAAUGUUGUUGGAGUCUCGACUUGGUAGAGUACAGACGAGCUCUGGUGGUGA